UGAAUCAAUACUUUAUCCUCCUGACGAAAAAAAAACUGCCAGCCUCUUCCCAAACACCAUUUUCCCAGGGAAUAUACCAACGGCCCUCGUUGGUAUACCGAUAUAUCCUACACCAACUGGUUUAACUCCCACUGCUCGCAAGACCAAGUCAAUCGUUCACCGAUCAUAGUUGUAUCGAGUCAGGAGGCUGGCCUCCAGUCCUCGUGGUGGACUGAGCGCCCUUGGCACUGGCUGCCGUAGGUGCCAGUAAUUGGCCCCUGCGUUGCACAAUGAGCCCUGGAGCUUCGAACCUUCUUUGAACUCUUCUUUUUCCUUCCUCAUGCGAGGAUCGUAGCAAAUUGACCAGAAUAACUACCGCAAUCCUGUCAAGCCUCGUGACAUAUCGCCUGACGAUAUCACCAUGGCGGAACGAAACCCGCUGGUCCCGGGCCGAACGCGCAAGGGAUUAUUCUCGCAUCCCAAAACCUUCGUCACCCACACCCUCCCAGCCAUCCACGAGAACACCGUCAUCGUCGCAGCGACCCACCCCACGGUCCAAACUGGCGACCAGACUAAGGAUGGGUGGUUCCUCUCCGAUUUCUACGCCUUCAACUGCCUGCUGAAAGGCUCCGUUGCGGAUCAGACCUGGCUUACGGCUGCCAAACCAGCAAGGCUAGUGGAGAAGUAUGGUGACUUUCUCCACGGUUCCCCCGAUAGAGAUCGCAAAGUAGUCUUAAACCACGACCUCCUUGACUCGGAAAUCACCCCAGUCACCCUCGUUGAGCCCGCCGAGAUGAUCGACAGAUUUCUCAGCGAGGUCAACGAAGAAUCUCUUCGCGCCAAGAAUAGUGCUGGAAGCAGCCCUGGAGCCAGGCGUAUCCGCCACCCUAUUCACGACAGCCUGUUUCUCUGGAGGUUGGGCUGUCACCCCUGA